AUGGGGUCGAAGUCAGAAGAGUCAAAGAAAGAAGUGAGAGUUAGUGGAGACUCAGGAUUUGAUUGCCAUUACUGUGGAGGCAAGAACCAUUUUGCAAAAGACUGUAUGCUGAAAAACAAAACAGAAAAGAUAGAUGAUGAUGAUAAGGAAGCGAGCGUCCUGAGACGACUGGAGGAAAUCAAUAAAAGAAAGUCAGUUGCUAACAAUAUAACUAUGAAUGCUUUGAUUGUACAGGAUACAGGCAAUCAUGAUGAAUUUGGUGGCGUGGAAGUAUGGUCCACGGAUUCUGAGGAUGAAGAAGUAAGAAAACCCACUCAUGGCAAAGCGAUGCUAGUAAAAGAAGAACCUGCUGCAUGA